AUGCAAGCAGUACAAAAUGAAGCCGGUGGAUUGUACUUUUUGGAUGCGCCCGGUAGUACGGGUAAAACAUUUGUAAUAUCACUCAUUUUGGAAAACAUUCGAGUGCAAGAGAAAAUUGCAUUGGCACUUGCUUCGUCUGGAAUAGCUGCUACUCUGUUGGAUGGAGGACGAACAGCCCACUCUGCAUUAAAAUUACCAUUAAAUGUGCAGGUGAUUGAGAAUCCCACGUGCAAUAUAUCAAGAAAUUCUGCGAUGGCGAAAGUUUUGCAGCAAACAGCAAUUAUUUUAUUGGAUGAAUGUACAAUGACACACAAAUAA